GUUUUCCCAAAAGAGUGUUAUUGAUGAUGACGACCCGUUCUACAGAGAUAAACCGACUAAGGCAGACAUGGUGCACUGUGUCAUUUAUAUAGUGGAUAUUUGUUCAUUAAGUACGAUGGAUAAGACGCUUAAAGAAAAGAUAAUAAGGUUGCAACAGUAUGAGAUAGAUUCUGAUAUACAGAGAGUUUUAAUACUUACGAAAUGCGAUGAGUUGUGCGACUCUGUCAAGAAUGACGUGACAAACAUUUACAAAAGUAAAAAGGUAUGCGACGAAGCAGAAAAUGCAAGACACAUAUUUGGUAUUGCUCGAGGAAAUACACAUCCAGUCGUAAACUAUGGAGAACGUGGAUCGGAAAUAAAUCCAGCAAUGAAUGUCCCAGUUCUACUUGCGCUUAAGCAGUGUGUGGAUUUCUCGAACGAAUACAUUGAACAACAAAUGAAAUAUGGUUCUCCUAUGAAGUAUGAUGCUCCUAUGGAGAAUGAUGCUCCUAUGAAGAAUGAUGUCCCUAUGUAGAAUGAUGCUCCUAUAAAGAUUGAUGCUUCUAAAUAAGAAGAGCGUGCGGUAUUUUUUAUUUGAUUUUUUGUAAUUUUUUUAAGUAAUGUAUCUGAGAAAAAUGGUCUUUCGGAAUCUUGAACUCAAAUGCGUUUAAGCUAAUGAUGGUAGAUGUUUAUCAUUUUCUGUGACUGUUUUGCUUUUUUCGCUUACGAAUGAUGUCUGCCUGUUAAGAUUUUUUUUACACUUCAAAAAUAGUUGCAAACUCUAUUUUGAUAUCUUUUCAGC